CAAUGACGACCAGUAGUGGCCCAGCCACAGUCGAGCUCUGUUGUAUUGAAGAGCCAUUCAUUUAUAUAAUAAACACAUCGAAUCGUUACUUUUCCAUAAACUAUUUCCACCAAAACCCAAGAGAAAAUGGCUGUGUCAGCCUCCGUAGUCGACGGAUUCAUCCUCACUCCGCUAUCUAAAGCCGACGAAAGCUACCACAGACCCACCGAACUCCAAGCUUUCGAUGAUACUAAAGCCGGCGUCAAGGGCUUAGUCGACGCUGGAAUUAAUGAAAUUCCACGCAUCUUUUACCAGCCACCGGAAGAUUACUACUCCGACCAUCUUUCCGGCGAAACCCGUUACCAAAUUCCAGUGAUUGACCUCGAUGACGUCCACAAAAACCCACUCAAACGGAAAGACGCCAUAAACAGAGUCCGAGAAGCUUCAGAGAAAUUGGGUUUUUUCCAACUGAUUAACCAUGGGAUUCCGGUGGACGUUCUCGAAGAGAUGAAAGAUGCAGUCAAAAGAUUCAACGAACAAGACACGGAAGUGAAGAAACAAUACUACACCCGCGACAACACAAAACCUUUGAUUUACAACAGCAAUUUCGAUCUGUACAGCGCAUCGACUACGAAUUGGAGAGACACUGUUGGAUACAUAAGUGCUCCUAAUCCUCCCGAUCCACAAGCCUUACCCGAAAUCAUCAGAGAUAAUCUGGUGGAUUACUCGAAAAGAGUGACGGAAAUUGGGAAAUUGUUGUUUGAAUUGAUGUCGGAAGCUUUGGGGCUGAAACCAAAUUACUUGAACGAAAUAGGCUGCAGCGAGGGGCUGGCAAUUGGGUGUCAUUAUUACCCACCAUGCCCACAGCCGAAUUUAACUCUAGGCACAUCCGAGCACAGUGACAAUGUUUUCAUCACUGUUCUGUUUCAAGACAACAUCGGCGGGCUUCAGAUUCGACACCAGAAAAAGUGGGUGGACGUGCCACCUGUCGCCGGAGCGUUGGUGGUCAACAUUGGAGAGCUUAUGCAGUUAAUAACAAACGACAGAUUCAUAAGCGUGGCCCACAGAGUGUUGGCAAAGAAGGAGGGACCGAGAAUUUCAGUGGCGAGCUUCUUUUCGACGCUGGCUUUUCCGAGCUCGAAAAUGUAUGGACCCAUAAAGGAAUUGUUAUCGGAGGAGAAUCCGGCAAAGUACAGAGAAACCACAAUUAGAGAUUUCCAUAUGCUCUAUCGUGCAGAUGGGCUUGGGACUUCCACUCUGCAGCGUCUCAAGCUUUGAGUGAAAAAGCUGGUGUGUAAUUAAUAUUAAGAAAUAAUAUAGAUUUGUACAAUUGAAACGAAUGUACAAUAUCUUCUGUAUCUUUCUGGUUUUGAUUCGAAAUGUGUGUGUUGAAAAAGCUAUGAAAGCUUCAGAUCUUGCCUUGUAAUCUGUGUAUUUAUUUCAUUUUGGUGUGAAAUUGAGAAAAUUUUCCCCACUUUCCUAUCA